UCGGUCGUUGGGGAGGUGUUUCGGGAUUUCUCUGCAUGAGUGGAAUAGACCCUGGAAUAGACAUUACAGGGGAAAACGCUGGACAGUGCUUACUCGUGCCUUUUUCUCACUUGUGUUGAGGAUAUUUAGAUUUCAGGAUGCCAGUUUUCCACACCAAGACGAUAGAGAGUAUCCUGGAGCCAGUGGCUCAGCAGAUAUCCCACUUGGUUAUCAUGCACGAGGAGGGCGAAGUUGAUGGGAAGGCGAUCCCAGAUCUCACCAGCCCAGUGACGGCUGUGCAAGCGGCUGUCAGCAACCUCGUGCGGGUGGGGAAGGAGACGGUACAAACCACAGAAGACAAGAUUAUGAAGAGAGACAUGCCUCCGGCCUUCAUUAAGGUGGAAAAUGCCUGUGCAAAGCUGGUGGAAGCAGCUCAGAUGCUGAGGACAGACCCCUACUCUGUCCCGGCCCGUGAUUACCUCAUCGAUGGCUCACGGGGCAUCCUGUCAGGCACUUCAGACCUGCUUCUGACCUUUGACGAGGCAGAGGUGCGUAAAAUUAUCCGUGUGUGUAAAGGCAUCCUGGAAUACCUGACCGUUGCAGAGGUUGUGGAAACCAUGGAGGACUUGAUCACUUAUACUAAAAACCUCGAACCAGGAAUGACGAAAAUGGCAAAGAUGAUUGACGAGCGGCAACAGGAGCUGACACACCAGGAGCACCGUGUGAUGCUGGUCACCUCCAUGAACACAGUGAAGGAACUGCUGCCCGUGCUUAUAUCAGCCAUUAAAAUCUUUGUGACAACCAAGUGCAUCAAGAGUCACGGUGUGGAGGAGGCCUUGAAGAACAGAAACUACACGUUUGAGAAGAUGAGCGCCGAGAUCAACGAAAUAAUCAGAGUGCUGCAACUCACUUCAUGGGAUGAGGAUGCCUGGGCCAACAAAGACACAGAGGCCAUGAGGAGAGCACUAGCACAGAUCCAGUCAAAGAUGGGUCAGGCUAAAGGCUGGCUGAGGGACCCUAACGGUCUUCCAGGAGAUCUGGGACAGCAUGCGCUGCGUCAGAUACUGGAUGAAGCAGGAAAAGUGGGUGAGUUUUGUGGGGGGAAAGAAAGACGAGAAAUCCUGGGAACAGCCAAGACCUUGGGCCAGAUGACGGAUCAGGUGUCAGACGUGCGCACCAGAGGUCAGGGUGCCACCCCUAUGGGUAUGCAGAAAGCUCAGCAGGUGGGCCAGGGUUUGGAUAUUCUGAUGGGGAAAGUGGAGAACGCUGCUCGGAAGCUGGAAGCCCUGACCAAUGCCAAACAAACCAUCACCAAGAGAAUGGACACGGCCCAGAGCUGGCUGGCUGAUCCUAACGGUGGUCCGGAGGGGGAAGAGAACAUCCGCGCUCUUCUGGUGGAGGCCAAGCGCAUUGCUGACCUGUGUGAAGACCCUAAAGAGAGAGAUGACAUUCUGCGCUCCAUCAGUGAGGUCGCAGGACUCACUGCGAGACUGGUUGAACUUCGAAAAAUGGGUAAAGGAGAUACUCCUGAGGCUAGAGCGCUGGCCAAGCAGAUUGGCACAGCUUUGCAGAACUUGCAGGCAAAGACUAACCGUGCUGUGGCCAACAUGAGACCUGCCAAGGCUGCUGUUACACUAGAGGGCAAAAUGGAGCAGGCCUUGCACUGGAUCAACAACCCUGGAGUGGACGAUCAUGGAGUAGGCCAGGCUGCCAUACGGGGGCUGAUAGCAGAAGGCUGUCGGCUGGCAAACUCUCUACCAGGGCCGUACAGACAGGAACUGCUAGCAAAGUGUGAGCGAGUGGAGCAACUGAUGAUGCAGUUAUCAGAUCAUGCGGCGCGGGGAGAGGGAGAGAGUCCUCAGGCGCGCACCAUGGCUGCUCAUCUCCUGGAUGCAAUUAACGAUCUAAAGGCAAAGAUGCAGGAAGCAAUGACCCAGGAGGUGUCUGAUGUUUUCAGUGAUACAACCACACCAAUUAAACUCCUGGCUGUGGCAGCAACUGCGCCUCUUGAGGCCCCCAACAGAGAGGAGGUGUUUGAAGAAAGGGCGUCUAACUUUGAGAAUCAUGCCAGUAGACUGGGUGCUACAGCGGAGAAGGCCGCUGCCGUGGGAACAGCCAAUAAGAGCACAGUUGAAGGCAUCCAUGUGGCUGUGAAAUCAUCCAGAGAUCUUACACCUCAGGUCACUUCUGCUGCACGCAUUUUGCUGAAGAACCCUGGCAACCAGGCUGCAUACGAGCACUUUGAGACCAUGAAGAACCAAUGGAUUGACAACAUUGAAAAAAUGACAAGUCUUGUGGAUGAAGCCAUCGACACUAAAUCCCUCUUGGAUGCUUCAGAGGAGGCCAUUAAGAAAGACAUCGAUAAAUGCCGGGUGGCAAUGGCUAACGUUCAGCCUCAGAUGUUGGUUGCAGGGGCCACCAGCAUUGCCCGGCGGGCUAACCGGGUCCUUCUGGUGGCCAAACGGGAAGUGGAGAACUCAGAGGACCCGAAAUUCAGAGAACUGGUCAAAGCGGCUUCAGAUGAACUUGGUAGAACAAUCUCACCCAUGGUUAUGGCUGCUAAAGCAGUGGCAGGAAACAUCCAGGAUCCAGGUUCUCAAAAGAGCUUCCUGGACUCUGGCUACAGGAUCUUGGCUGCUGUUGGGGAAGUCAGAGAAGCCUUCCAGCCUCAGGAGCCUGACUUUCCACCUCCACCUCCAGACCUUGAUCAGCUGCAUGUCAGUGAUGAUCAGGCUCCUCCCAAACCGCCCCUGCCAGAGGGAGAGGUACCUCCACCGAGACCUCCACCCCCAGAGGAGAAAGACGAGGAGUUCCCUGAGCAGAAAGCUGGCGAGAUGGUGAGCGAGCCGAUGAUGGUGGCGGCCAGGCAGCUACACGACGAGGCCCGUAAAUGGUCCAGCAAGCCUGAAGGGACAGACAAGGGGUUUGAGGCCGCUGUAGAUAUAGACGAUGAGGAUGAAUUCACAGACAUCGAGGAUGAUUUUGAGCCAGAGCUUCUCUUAAUGUCUUCAAAUCAGCCAGUUAACCAGCCCAUUCUGGCCGCUGCGCAGUCUUUGCACCAGGAAACCCGCAAAUGGUCCAGUAAGGGUAAUGACAUCAUUGGAGCAGCUAAGCGCAUGGCCCUGCUCAUGGCAGAGAUGUCUCGUCUGGUGCGUGGAGGCAGUGGGAAUAAACGUGCCCUCAUUCAGUGCGCCAAGGACAUCGCCAAGGCCUCUGAUGAGGUCACACGGCUGGCUAAGGAGGUAGCCAAGCAAUGCACUGACAAACGGAUUCGCACAAACCUGUUGCAGGUUUGUGAGCGUAUCCCAACUAUUAGCACUCAGCUGAAGAUCCUGUCCACAGUAAAGGCCACAAUGCUGGGACGUACAAACAUCAGUGAGGAAGAAUCUGAGCAGGCAACUGAGAUGCUUGUGCAUAACGCACAGAACCUCAUGCAGUCCGUGAAGGAGACGGUCAGAGAAGCAGAAGCUGCCUCCAUCAAGAUCCGCACAGAUGCAGGGUUCACUCUUCGCUGGGUCCGAAAGACCCCUUGGUACCAGUAAACUGAGGACUAGUUGUUUUCAGUUAGCAAUUAGCGCUCUUGCCUUUUCAAGCAUCUGAGAUCUGACAAGGGAUGGCAGAAAAAAAGCACCCGAUCUGAUUCUUAUAUUUUUGGACAUCAGUGUUUGGCUCUAGUUUCAGGGAGACUGGUAUUACUUAUUUUUAUUUACUUGCUAGUAUGGGUACUUGGUACACCUAAACUGCUCCUCCUAAUGGAGGCUAUUUUUGUCCUGAAAGUAUGCUGUAGUUACCUUUAUCUCACACUACUGAGGUAUAGUGUAGGAGUAAACAGGAAGCACAUUUUAAAUAUAUUUUUUUGGUAUAUUGGGUUUCCAAAUUCCACAUAUAUAUAUAUAUAUAUAUAUAUAUAAUUUUAUUUUUGUUGCAUGAAAAAGUCUUCUAUUUUGUAUCGGAGAAAAAUGGCAUGAUGCCUCUCUCGAACAAUGUUGGAGUUCAUGAUGAAAUUUACUUUUUAGUUUUAGAAUUUAGUUUUUGACAAUGAAAUUUUCUUAUUGAAAGUGUAUAUAUUUAUAUUUCUUAUAUUUCAUUAGAACAAUAUCACAGAUCAUUUUUUUGUCGCAAAUAUACAACACAUACAAUGUUUUAAGUUUUACUUUUGCUAUUCACAAACCCUUUGGCUGGUUGUUUUUAAGUUAUAACUAACUAUAAUUAACUGGUCUUUGCUCAUAUUUAUAAUGGACUUUUGUUUAGCUAUUUAUUAAAAACGUUAAUGCAUUUUUUGAUGGGUCAUGCCAUUACAGAGAUGUAUUUUGCAUGGCAUGGUUGAUGCCAGAGAUUUAGUUUUUUACACCUAAUAUCCAUUGGCUAUCGAAUAAACACAUCUGUGGUGUAAAUCUACACAGUCAUGUGAAAGCUUGGAUAGUUAACACUGAAAUUCUGAAUUCUUUCUGUUGAGCUUGAGAGAGAGUGAAUGAUUAUUUACAUUUCUUAACAGAAAAGCACAAUCCUCACAACAGUUGAACUGUUCUCUCUCAGCUCAGUUUACAGCUGUGAUUUUGACGUUUCUCAGUGUGAUUCUGUUUGCAAUUGUAGUAUAUCGAUGAUGGAGCUGUCUUAAUGUUUUCACCCAUUUCAACUGAAUGGGUAAAAAGACCCAGGUGGCUUGUUAAUAUGUGAUACCUGUGUUUGGAGAUGCUUAAAAGGCAUAGUUUAGCCAAAAAUGAAAGUCUGUUAACACCCUCAUUUUAUUAUUAACUGAAAAGGUUUUUGUCUAUGCAAUGAAAGUCAAAGGGGUCCAGAACAUUUUGUUUUAGACUCUACUGACUUUCAAUGUAUGGACAAAAACUAAGGUAUUUUUAAAAAUAUCUUCUUAUGUGUUCCUCAGAAGAAAGUCAGUCAGGUUAAUGAGUAAAUUGCAGGUUUUGAA